AUGAUAUCGCCAAUAGGAAGUUUGAUUCCUAUUGACCCAACAUCCCCCGAGGAUUAUUGUCGAAAGAAAUCAAGAUUUGCAGUGGAAUACUAUGCACCGUUUUGUUUGGAAUUCAGAACACAUGUCAAGACACAAUUUUUGUCACCACAUAUCACCUAUACUAUAAACCUUGUAUUCAGUCUCGACGACUCAACUAAGGACAACUUGGGCUUCACUUACAAAUUGGCUGGGCAGACACAAUCUUCGACUUCAUACUUUUCAGAUAAGAGAGAGGAUGGGUGGUUGAUGGCAGAAUUGAAUCAGUUAAAAUUUGGAAAAGUGGCUUUUGGCGAACGUCAUGGCUUUCGGAUAAUCUGCAUAUCGAAUAUUCUGUCACCUCAAACAACAUAUGGAAGUUUCCUUGUUUACAAAGUACAAGAAAAACGUUCUGCUCCUUGGCAUUCUGUGAAAGUGCAUAUUAGUCGUCGAUAUGGAUAUCCACAUCAUUCAAGGUAUACCUUUUUAGUUGGUCCUCAAACCCCAAUUCUUAGACCAAUGAAUUAUCAAAACACCCACAACCCGUUGAAUAGACCCAAAAUGGAAGGCCUUCCACGACUGAGAAACGAUGGCUGGAUGGAAGUACAAGUAUGGGAAUUUCAAACCGAUAGUCGCGGAUGGAUUUCGGAGAACCUUCAGUUGACUGUUUUUUAUAAAAGUUCACUUGUAGGGCUUAUUGUUGAAGGCAUUGAGUUUAAACCCAUAUAG